AUGAACGAUAAAAAUUUUGAAGAUUCAAGAGACUCUUUAGAAUCGUUGUUUGAAAAAUAUGAUAAUAAAUAGAAUCCUUUAGAAGAAAUUGGUUUAAAGAUUAAAAUAGAUUAAGAUUCCUUUGAAUCAAACUCAAUUAUCUAAAAAUCUUAAGCUAUUUCUGAAUAAUCUGAUCAUUCUUUUAUUUCUAUAUAAGAAUUAUCUUAAGUAAGAAAAGAAAAAAAACUUAUUUUUUAACCUGAAUUAAUCGAAAUUAAGAAAUCUAAUGUUUCUGAUGUAAAUCAUAUGAUAAAAGUUUAGCAAAAAACUAAAUCAAAAUCAUUAGAAGAGAUCAAUAGACAAUUUAAAUUAUAAAAAGAAAAUCCUCCUAAAAUACAUUAAAAUAUAUAAGUAGAUAAGAAAAAAUAAUAAAUUUUACAACCUUAAUAAAAACAAAUGACAAAUCCUAAAUUAUUAUAGAUUAAUAGUUAUACAGUAAGUUCUUAAAAACCAAAGAUUGAUAAAAUACGAUAGGUUCCUUCAAAUCCAAUUAAAAGUAUAGUUAAAUAAGAAACUAUUAAGGAAACUAAAAAAUCAAUAAGUAUUGAAAAAGCUAAAUAACAGUGUCCUAUUUUAAAAAAAACAAAUGCUUAAAUAACUUAAGAUUAAAAGACAUUUUAAGGAAUGUUUUAAGAAAAAUGUGGAAUAUUUGCUGUUAUAGGUAGACCAAUAUUUGAAUUCAAUUCAUUAAUAAAAUUUUUAUUUCUAAGUGAUUACAAUAAAGAUUCUGAAAAUGAAACAUAUAAUAAAAUACCUAAAAAAUUUAAAUCAGAUAUAGAAUAUAGUAAAAUAUUUGAAUACUUAUUUUUAAAUGAAUCAUUCAAUUAAAUAAAAUAAGAAUUAUAAAGAAUUAAUAAAUAGAAAUUUAGAAGAAUUUAAAUAAAAUAAGAUGAAGCUGAAAUAGAUAAAGAUGGAUUAAUUUUUUAAAUAAGAUAGUAUUAAUAAAAUAUAAAAAAGAAGAAUAGAGAUAUAAAUAAUUAGUCUGAAAAAAACUAAUAAAAUACAAGUGAUGAAAGUGAUCAUAAAGAAGAAAGUGUUUGUGAUUUGACAGCUUUGAAGAAUUAUAUUGUAAUAAUAAGCAAUAAAUAUUCAUUUAAUCCUGUUAAAAUAAAUAAGUAAUUAUAAUAAUAUAAAAUUAGAAUAAAAGAAAAAAGAUAGCUAUUUUUUGGUAUGUUAAUAGAACCAUAGACACAUUAAUAUAUAAAUUAAAUAAAGAUUUAAACAUUUGUUCCAAGAGAUCCAAUAUAUUAGAAUUGGAUAUCUGUAUAUUUGUUUCCUUUUGUGAAAAUUACAACAUAAAUAAGGUAAAUAUUAUUUAUAAUUUAAGAGAGUAUUUGAUGAUAAAUAAAAUUACAUAGACUCCAUUAUAUCCUUUAAUUUUGGAUCCAAAAUCAUAAUAACAUUUGAUAGGUGCUGAUAAUGAUAAGAUUUGGAAUGUAAAUAUAUAGAAUGUAAUUUAAAAUGGAAAAGCAAUGGAAUCAUUUUUUCAAUAUAUUAACUAAAAUUUUAAUUUUUCAUAGGCGAGUGCAAUAUAGCAAUUAAUAUUAUAAGAGAGAGGGAUUUGUUUAUUAUAAGGACCUCCUGGGACAGGAAAGACUCAUACAUUAAUAGGUUUAUUAUCUGGAGUAUAUGAAUACAUGAAAAUAAUGAAUAAAUUUCCAAAAAAGAAGAUAUUAAUCUGUGCUCCAUCAAAUGCAGCUAUAGAUGAAAUAAUAUAUAGAAUAUUAUAAGGAGGAUUAUUUGAUAGUGAGGGAAGAUCUAGAACUGUAAAAUUAGUAAGAUUAGGAGUUUUAGAUGAAGAAAAUGAUAAAAGUGAAAUAAUUAAAUAAGUUUCAUUAGAGGAUGUUGCUUAAUAUUAAUUAUUUAAUAAAAGUUAAUUUAAAGCUAAUUCAGAUCAAAAGACAACUGGUGAAUUAAGAAUUGAAUUAAGUAAAACGACUUAGACAAUUAAAAAAAUAAAAGAAAAUGAAAUAUAUGAUGAAUAAUAAAAAAAAUAAUUAAAUGAAUUAUGGAAUAAAAAAAACUAAUUAAUGAAAUAUUUAGAAUAAGUAAGAACUAAUAAAAGAAAUUAAAAAGAAAAUUAUGUAGUAUUUUGUGAAAAGAUUAUAAGUGAAGCAGAAAUAAUCUGUUCAACUUUAAGUACAGCUGGAACUGAUAAAUUAAGUAAAUUUAUAGAUUCAUUUGAAUUAUUAAUUGUUGAUGAAGCAGCAUAAUGUACUGAACCUUCAAAUAAUAUUCCAUUAAGAUUAGGAAUGAGAAAGAUGAUAUUAAUUGGUGAUCCUAAAUAAUUACCAGCUACUACUUUUUCUUCAGUUUCAUAAAUUACUCAUUAUAAUAGAAGUUUAUUUGAAAGAAUUUUAGAUAAUGAUUUCAAACCAUUCUUUCUAGAUAUGUAAUAUAGAAUGCAUCCUUAAAUUAGAGAAUUUCCAUCAUUACAUUUUUACGAUAAUAAACUAAUUGAUCAUUUUUCUGUUUAUGAAAGAUUGAUACCAAAUAAUUACUUUAAUUAAAGAGUUUUAUUUAUUGAUGUAGAGAGUGAAGAAACUAAAGAUGAUAAAUCAUAUUAAAAUUUAAUUGAAUGUAAUAUGAUUGUAGAAGUUCUCAAAAAUAUUAAAAAUUCAUAUCCUACUUAAAGUCUUGGAGUUAUUUGUGCUUAUAAAGCUUAAGUUAGAUUAAUUAAAUCUGAAAUUAAAAAAUAAAUAGGAGAUUUAUUUAUUGAUGAUAUUUAAAUUAAUACAGUAGAUUCGUUUCAAGGUUAAGAAAGAGAUGUUAUUUUAUUCUCUUGUGUUCGAUCUUCCUCUUCUGGAAACAUUGGAUUUCUAUAAGAUGGUAGAAGAGUUAAUGUAGCAUUAACUAGAGCUAGAAAUGCUUUAUUUAUUUUUGGAAAUGCAAUUACUGUAAUUUAUAUAUUAUAUAUUAUUUUAGUUAGGACAAUGUUCAUUAUGGAAGAAUCUUCUAUUAAAUUUACAUAAUAGAAAGCUAUAUAGAUAUAUUGGAAAAAAUGAUUUUUUUUCUUUUAAAAUUUUAGCUGAAGAUAUUUGGUUUGAUAGAUAAAGAAAAUUAAAUUAAUCAUUAUUAACACUUUUGAAUGAUAAACAACUUAAUCUUUAGGAAGAGUUAAAAACUAAUGAAUAAAAUAAAGAUAUUAAAAUUUUAUAAGAUAAAGGAGAUUCAAAAAUUUAUAAUAAUGAAAUAAAAUCUAUUUAAACACCUGUUAAAAUCUAAAUUCCUACUCAUGUUAAUCAUAUUAAUCAUAAUCAUAUUUUUAAUAAAUCUAAAAAGUAUCAUAAAUAAUAAUAUCAACAUAAUAAUAAGUAACAUUCUCAUAAAGAAAAAUAUUAAACUAAAAAUACAAACAAAUAAUAAAAAUUAAUUGAAAAAAAUGAAAAAAUAAUUCAUCAUUCCUAUAAAAAAAAUAGAUGA